CCCUCUCCUCCCACCAGCCCCCUUCGUCCAUCACGCGCCUCUGAGCGCGUUGCUUUCUUUAUUUUAGCUCCACACCAGGAAGUAAAGAAAGCCUUUCCAAGCUUUCCGCGGGGUUUCCAGUUUCCACGCAGGGAUGAUGUUCUCCUCCGCGGGGAAGCGCUGCUUCACCAUCGAGUCUCUGGUGGCCAAAGAGAGCCCCCUGACCGCCGAGGAGCCCCUCCGCCCCACGGCUCUGACCUACUCCAACCCGARCACGGACGCCUUAAUGAACGGCUACCAGGCUCCGCCGGCCCGCUCCCUCUACCAGAGCCCCGAGCUGGUGUUCCCGGAGGCGGUGAGCCACCCGUCCCUCACCGUGGCCCCGCACCAGCUCGGCGGCUCCCACCUCCAACACCCGCACUUCUUCGGCGCGCAGCACCGGGACCCGCUCAACUUCUACCCCUGGGUCCUGCGGAACCGCUUCUUUGGACACAGAUUCCAAGGUAAUGACGUGUCCCAGGACAGCCUGCUCCUCCACGGCCCCUUCGCCCGGAAACCCAAACGGAUCCGGACGGCGUUCUCUCCCUCCCAGCUGCUGCGUCUGGAGCGGGCCUUCGAGAAGAACCACUACGUGGUCGGAGCCGAGAGGAAGCAGCUGGCCAACAGUCUGAGUUUAUCUGAAACGCAGGCGAGUCCCGUUUGUUUUUAAAGCUACUUCUGAAUGUUGGAUUUGUUUGAAAAAUGUCACUGAACUCUUUAGGACCCCGAUAAGACGCACAAAAACACGUCAAAACAAAACUGCCUAGAUUAUUAUUUUAUAAUAAUAAUAAUAAUAAUAAUAAUAAUAAUAAUAAUUGAAAAAACACCAGUUCAGUUGUGUACAGCCCAAAUAUCUGUUACUUAAACUUUGAACAUUACUCUUACUCUGAAGCAACUCUGGGUUUUCUCUUGUUUUUCUACCAUAAUCUCAUUGAUCUCCAUAUUUUUUUUCUUUCUGUAUAUUUUCGCAAAAUUUAUCUUUGUUUCGCAACAAAUCUAUUCCUAAUCAGGCCACAACCUUUUGGUGUACAGUUUGAACAUUUUGUUUUAAAGCUACGCAGAAUGUAUUUGUAAACCAACAGUAAUAAGGAAUGCUUAUGCACUUGCAACCCUAAUAAAAAAAA